AUGAACCCAACCACGUCUGCUCGACCGGAUAUUGCCACUGCUACGGCCACUGCCGACGACCGAACUGCUACAGCUGCCGAGUCUGCCGACGAGAGCACGACCGGUGAGCCGUCGCCGAAACGGCGCAGAUCCGAACUGAUUCUCGCCGGUUCGGGUGGUGGCGGUGGUAGUGGUAGCGGUGGUGGUGGUAAUGCUGGUGGUGGUGGUGUUGUUGAAGAAGAAGGCAGCAGUUCCAGCAUCAUCACCGGCAUCAAUAACAGCCUCAAUAAUGGCAUCCCGGCCAGUCAACGGCUGUACAGCUGCGGCAAAUGUUCCAAGAGCUACACUCGGCUGGACCAUCUGUCGCGCCAUGUCCGUAUGCACACGCAGGAAAAGCCGUACCAGUGCCAUAUCUGCACCAAAGCCUUUGCCCGCGCCGAUCUGCUUAAGCGCCACGCUCUGGGCCAUGCAAAGGACGAUCCGCACGCGAAGCCCACCAUUGUUCAGCAUAGUCGCGUGUCGCAGGCCUGUGAGGCCUGUGCUGGUCUGCACCUGAAAUGCGAGGAAGAAAAGCCGUGUAAACGUUGUACC